AUGUUUGUGGAUAAGAAUUUAGGGACCACUAAAUAAAAGCAAUAGAAAAUCGAUAUCGGUGAAUUAGGUAUGUAGAAGAUAUAAUUUAAGAAUAAGUCUAGAAAAAAAAAGUAAAGUAAAAUGCAAACAUAAACCCCUACACAGGUAAUUAAUAUUCAGGAGAUUAUUAUAAAAUUUUGGCCGUGAGAAAGUAGUUACCUGCUUGGGAUGGUAAAAUGUGAUAUGAUUCUUUAUAGCCAAGGAAUAAUUGUUUAUGCUAAUGGAGCAGUAUCAAGUGAUAGUUUUGCAAGGAGAAACAGGAAGUGGUAAAACCACCUAAAUACCACAAUUUUUACUUGAGAAAUAUAGUAAAGGCAGAGGGAUAGCAUGCACUUAACCUAGAAGAGUGGCUGCAAUGAGUGUAGCAAAAAGAGUGGCAGAAGAGAUGGAUGUGGCCCUUGGAGAAGAAGUUGGUUAUUCAAUCAGAUUCGAAGAGAAGACUUCGAAUAAAACCAUCCUUAAAUAUAUGACAGAUGGUAUGCUUCUUAGAGAGUAUUUAAAAUCAAUAUUAUUAGAGCCAUGCAUGACCCCAAAUUAGAGAGAUAUUCAGUCGUGAUCUUAGAUGAAGCUCAUGAAAGAACUCUUAAUACUGAUAUAUUAUUUGGACUCCUCAAGGAAAUCAUGUUGAAGAGACCUGAAGACUUGAAGGUGGUCAUCAUGUCUGCAACUAUGGAUGCAGAGAAAUUUUAAAAGUAUUUUCACAAUGCUCCCCUUUUGGACAUUCCAGGGAGAGUAUAUCCAGUGGAAAUAUUCUACACCUAAAAGCCUGAGAAAAGCUAUCUUGAUGCAGCAAUCAGUACCACAAUCAAUAUUCAUGCCUAUGAGGAUCCAGGAGAUAUCUUAGUAUUUCUUACGGGAGAAGAAGUAAAUAAUUAAAUCCUAUUCAUUUCUAUAGGAAAUCGAAGAAGCCUGUAAAAAGAUCACUUCCGAAAUAUAGAAGUUGGGAGAUGAUGUUGGACCAGUCAGAUGUGUACCUCUAUAUAGUACAUUACCACCAAACUAAUAAUAAAAGAUAUUUGAAUCUGCUCCUUAGCCUAAUAAAAAAGGAGUACAAGGUAGAAAGAUUGUAGUAGCAACCAAUAUUGCUGAAACAUCUAUUACUAUCGAUGGAAUUUGCUAUGUUGUAGAUCCUGGGUUUUCUAAGUAAAAGGUUUACAACCCAAGAUUGAGAGUCGAGUCCUUGCUUGCUUCUCCAAUUUCCAAGGCUUCUGCUUAAUAAAGAGCAGGUAGAGCUGGUAGAACAAGACCUGGUAAAUGUUAUAGAUUAUACACUGAACAAUCAUUUAAUUCUGAAUUGAUUGAUAACACUUAUCCAGAAAUAUUAAGGAGCAAUCUCUCCUCAGUGGUGUUGCAAUUGAAGAGAUUGGGAAUAGAUGAUUUAGUUCACUUUGAUUUUAUGGACCCACCUGCUCCAGAAACAUUAAUGAGAGCUCUAGAAUAAUUAUACUAUUUGGGUGCAUUGGAUGAGGAAGGCAAUCUAACCAAAUUUGGAUAAUAGAUGUCAGAAUUUCCACUUGACCCACAAUUAUCAAAAGUACUUCUUAGCAGUAAAGAUUUCUAUGUUACUGAUGAGAUAUUGACCAUUGUGGCUUUGUUGUCUGUUUAAUAAGUAUUCUAAAGACCUAAGGAUCAAUAACAAUAGGCUGAUGAUGCUAGAUAUCAAUUUGUCCAUCAAGAUGGAGAUCACAUCACCUUCUUGAAUGUUUUCAAAUCAUUUAAAGAACACAAUGAAAGCUCUGAUUGGUGUUAUCAAAAUUUCAUUAAUUAUCGAAGUUUGAAAUCAGCAGAUAAAAUCAAGGCUUAAUUAAGAUAAAUCAUGUAAAAGCAAUAAAUUCCUUUGACCAAAACUGAUCCAUCCAAUGCAUUAUAUUACACCUACAUCAAAAAGGCUUUAAUCGCAGGAAUGUUUAUGUAAACAGCUCAUCUAACCAAAAAUGGAGCCUAUAUGACAGUCAAGGAUAGUUAAAUAGUCGCCAUACAUCCAUGCUCUGUUUUAAAUCACAAACCAGAAUGGAUACUGUAUCAGGAAUUUGUGUUGACUUCAAAAAACUAUCUAAGAACAGUAACUGAUAUUGAAGGAAAAUGGCUUUAUGAAAUGUGUCCAGAAUAUUUCAAUCCUAAAACCAUUAAAAAUAUUGAAACAAGAAAGGAAUUCGAAAAAAUAGAGAGACAAGUAAUUAUAAUAGUAUAUUCUAGGUCUUAGAAGAAUAGAGAAGAAAACCUGAUCUGUUGACAGUUGAAUAAAUAUAAAGAUUGCACAAGGAUGUUAAAUCAGAAAGAACCUAAUCAAUUUCAUCAUCAAAAUCUAUUCAAAAAUGA